AUGGGUUAUUUGCUGCUGUUUCUAGUGCUUUUUCGAGCUUUAUCGGUUCAAAGCUUUGUAAAUCCGUACCCGAAGGUCAAUCUGGGAGAACAUGACGGCGGCGAUCCUGGAGCACCGUUGUUUUUGACGCCUUACGUGGAAAGCGGGAACAUAACGGAGGGACGGCGAUUGGCCCGCGUAGCGUUUACGGAGACACUGCGGAUCAAGAGUUACUCAGGUUUCUUUACCGUUAACAAGAAAUAUGACUCCAAUCAAUUUUUCUGGUAUUUCCCUGCGAUGGUGCCUAACAAAAAAGACGCGCCUGUCAUUGUUUGGCUGCAAGGCGGCCCCGGAGCCUCGUCUCUUUUCGGACUGUUCACAGAAAACGGCCCGCUCAGAGUUCGCGAUGGAACAUUCGAGAGGCGCAAGUACACCUGGGCGCUGAGUCACCACAUUAUUUACAUCGACAACCCUGUCGGUACGGGAUUUAGCUUCACGAGGGACCCUAAAGGUUAUUGCACAAAUCAGGCACAAGUGGGCGAAGAUCUGUACAACACUCUCAUACAGUUCUUCCAGUUGUUCCCCGAACUGCAGAAAAAUAAAUUCUUUAUCACUGGAGAAUCUUAUGCUGGUAAAUAUGUUCCUUCUCUCGCCUAUACUAUCCACAAAAAGAAUCCCACUGCACAAAUCAAAAUUAACUUAAAAGCUCUAGCCAUCGGUAACGGUUUAAGUGAUCCAGAACAUCAAUUGGUAUACAGCAAAUACUUGUAUCAAAUCGGCUUAUUGGAUUGGAACCAGGCUAAAGUUUUCGCAGAUUAUGAAAGCAAAGCUAUUACUUUAAUAAAGCAAAAGCAGUGGAUACCUGCAUUUGAAGCAUUUGAUACAUUGUUAAAUGGAGAUUUAAUAGAUGGGAAAAGCUUGUUCUACAAUAUGACUGGUUUUGAAUUUUACUUUAACUUCCUGCACACUAAAGAUUAUUUCACAAGGGAAGAUUUUGGACCAAUGAUUCAAAAAUCAUUUGUAAGGAAAGAGAUUCAUGUCGGAAACCUCACGUUCAAUGAUGGUAAAGCAGUGGAGGAACAUUUGAAGGCUGAUGUGAUGCAGUCUGUAGCACCAUGGAUUUCUGAAUUACUUGAUCAUUAUUUUGUCGUAGUGUACAAUGGCCAAAUAGAUAUUAUUGUUGCAUAUCCUAAUACUCUUAACUAUCUAAGGAAUCUUAAUUUUACUGGGGCAGAUGAUUACAAAAAUGCAAAGCGGUAUCAAUGGAAGGUGGAUGGUGAAUUGGCCGGUUAUGUAAAGCAAGCUGGCAAGUUAGUGGAAAUUAUGGUCCGAAAUGCUGGUCACAUGGUACCAGGAGAUCAACCAAAGUGGGCUCUAGAUAUGAUUACACAUCUUACUCAUGAAAAAAUGUUUUAUAAUCAUUAUGUUUAG